AUGAAAGUGAAAAUAAUUCUUUUUAGUGUCUCAUUUUUCAUACCUAAAAAAUUUUGUGAAAUUUUAAAUUUUUUCACUAUAUUAAUAGAUUUUAGUAAGGGUUUUUUCACUGCUAUUUUAGUUAAAAGACUAAAUUUUUUCAAUAUUCUUGAAACUGUAGGUCUUGAAAUCUUAAUAAUAAAAUUUUCUUCAAUAUUCUUUGAAAUUUCCAAUGAUGUAAUAAAAGAAUUUGAUUCAUAA